GACUUUUUAGUAAAAAAUCAGCUUCAAACUGGAAGAUCCUGUAAAUACCCUUUUAUUUUCUUCAAGAACUAUUGCUCAAUUUCUUUGAACCACUAUUAUCUCAACCAGUUUAUAAGUUUAGAAAUGUCCAUCAAAAAGACCCAGAAGAAACAACACAACUUCAGACAACAAUCAUUAGCCAGUUUUUUUUCUGGUGCAAAACAAAAUGAUAAAGUGGAUAUAAAAACACUAUUGUCCAAACCAAAUCCUUCAAAUACCUCUGUUUCUGAUUCUAACGAUUUAAGCAAUGUAAAGAUUCACAAGCUAUCAGACAAUAUGAUAGAUAACGAACAAAAAGAGAAAAUUUUGACAAAAAAAGAUCAAAGCGACAAUCACUUUGAACCUAUAGAGCCUCAAUCAUUGAGCAAAAGGAAAAGAACAACAAAGAAAGACGAUACAAAUUCUGAAACAGUUGAGAAAUCAACAGAAUUGUUGCAAUCAAAGAGAUCAUCUAAAUCUAAAAUAAAAACUAAAAAAUCUAAGGCAGCAUCAAAUAAGAAAUCAAAAAAAGUGGAAAAUGAAGAUGCAAUUGAUAUUUCUUCUGAUAAUGAGUCUGCUAUUGAAAUCAAUGAUUCUACUGAAGACGCAAUUGAUGAAAAACCAGCUCAAAAAAAGAGAAAAUUGACAAGGAAAAAACUCGUCAAUGCAAAUUUAGAUGAUAGCGAAAGUGAUAAUGAGAAAAUUAACGUUGCUUCUAUAAAUGAAACUAAUGCAGAUGAUACUGAUCCACCUGAAGAUGAUGAAAUGCUUCGACAUAAUUCUUCAAUUCACGAAAAUGAAAUCAAAGAGGCUGAAGAAUUAGCAUCAAUAUCUUUAGAAGAAACAAAAACUAAAAUACCCAGAUUCAAUCCUGAAGAUAAUUCAAUACCCUAUAAAUCUAUUUGUGAUCUUUUCCAAGAAAUUGAAAAUGAAUCUUCAAGAUUAAAAAUUAUAAAAUUAUGCUCAGAAUUUUUUUUAGAUGUUUUAAAAUUCGAUCCAAAAAGUCUAAUAAUUGUAGUUUAUCUUUUUAUCAACAGAUUAGGUCCUGAUUAUGAGGGUCUAGAGUUGGGUUUAGGUGAAACAUUGUUAAUUAAAACUAUUACACAGUCAUCUGGAAGAUCUGCUGCCAAUAUUAAAAAAGAUUUAAAAGAUAUCGGUGAUUUGGGUGAAGUAGCUCAAAAAUCAAGAGUGACACAGCCUGCUAUGUUCAAACCAAAAACAUUGGAUGCACUCACUGUUUUCAAUAAUUUAAAAAACAUCGCCAAUUCCAAAGGUUCAAAUUCUCAGCAGAAAAAAAUCAAUCAUAUAACAAAAAUGUUAACUGCCUGUGAAGGAAAUGAAGCUAAAUUUUUGAUUAGAUCUUUAGAAGGAAAACUAAGAAUCGGUUUAGCAGAAAAAUCAGUUUUGGUUUCUCUAGCUCAAGCUUUAGUAACGUUUGAAUUAGUCUCAGAUGGAAAGAAAUCGAAAAAAGCUAGUGCUGAGUUAAUUGUCAAAGCUGAAGAUAAAAUUAGAGAGGCAUUUUGUCAGGUUCCAAAUUACAAAACUAUAAUUGAUAAGUCAAUUGAGUACGGCGUCUUGAAACUAGAUGAGCAUGUUCGUUUAUCUCCAGGAGUCCCAUUGAAACCAAUGUUAGCAAAACCAACUAAAUCAAUAUCAGAAAUUUUAGAUCGUUUUCAGAAUGAAGUUUUCACCUGUGAAUACAAGUAUGAUGGAGAAAGAGCCCAAAUUCAUUUGAUUCACGAUAAUGGCGAAGAAAAAAUCAAAGUUUUUUCAAGAAACUCUGAAGAUAUGAGUCAAAGAUAUCCAGAUAUCAUUGAUUCUAUUAGAGGAUUUAUUAAAAAAAAUAAGAUAGGAAUGGUGAAAUCUUUGGUUUUAGACUGCGAAGCUGUUGCUUGGGAUAGAGAUGAGUCAAAAAUUUUACCAUUCCAAGUUUUAUCAACUAGAAAAAGAAAGGAUGUCAAUAAAGAAGAUAUCAAAGUUCAAGUUUGUAUUUUUGCAUUUGACUUGCUUUGUCUUAAUGAUGAGCCAUUAAUUACUAAAAGUUUGAAAGAACGAAGAGAUUUGAUUGAGGAAUACCUAAAUCCUGUUCCAGGCAAAUUUCAAUUAGCCACUAAAAUAGAUACAGCAAAUAUUGAUGAUAUCCAGGGAUUUUUAGACAGCUCAAUAAAGGAUUCAUGUGAAGGGCUAAUGAUCAAAGUGUUAGAAGGUAAGGAGAGUCAAUAUGAGCCAUCGAAGAGAUCACGUAAUUGGCUUAAAUUGAAAAAAGACUACCUAAAAGGUAUUGGUGAUUCAUUGGAUUUAGUCGUUGUUGGUGCUUAUUAUGGCAAGGGCAAAAGAACAGGCAAAUAUGGUGGGUUUUUAUUAGCAUCAUACAAUCAACAAUCUGGGGAUUAUGAAACAACAUGUAAGUUAGGAACUGGAUUUUCAGACGAAAUGUUGCUCCAAUUAUAUGAGAAAUUAUCAAAAUUGGUGAUAGCGCAACCGAGAAGUUAUUACUCUUAUGAUAGUGGUAAUGCAGCAGCAGAGCCAGAUGUUUGGUUUGAGCCAGAGGUGGUCUUUGAAGUUUUAACUGCAGAUUUGUCACUUUCUCCAAUCUACAAAGCCGGUUGUGAUACAUUUGGAAAAGGAAUUAGUUUAAGAUUUCCAAGAUUCAUAAAGCUUAGGGAUGAUAAAGGAUCUGAAGAUGCUACCAGCUCAGAUCAAUUGGUUGAAUUUUAUGAAAGACAAUCAAGUAUUUCUUAAUUAAAUAUAAUAUAGAUAUCUAUAUAUUUAUGUUUUCAGUUAUUAUACUUGAUAGAAUUUGGUUUAUUUUAACCGGCUUUAUUGUAACAUAGUUUGUUGAUUUUGGUUUGAUUUUAAACAAUUGAAAUUA